GAUAGACUACCAUGUCUCAAUUCAUCGCUCAUUCAGUUGUGGGAUAUCUAGACAGAGAUUGAAAUAUAUAUUAGCACCUAAUAUCUAGAAAACCUCGAUGAAGCUUCUACAUCACUCAUUAGAAACUCUAGACAACCACCAUUACUUGCCUAGAAAACUGCUGAGAUCUUCGGCCACCCGAUUCUCCGAUUUCGAUAUAAAACCAAUAUCACUACCAAGACAUCAACAUGGUUAAAAUCUCCAUUCUUCCAGCCGUACUAAUUUCGGCCCGCUUCAUUUCAACUGGGUUGGCCCAGGACGAAGAGAACCAAGUCGCAUGGCUUCGCGAUGUCCAAAAUGAUGAAUCUGUGUCACUUGCAGAAAUCGAAACCUUGAACGACGAUUCCCAGGUGGCUGAGGACGUUAUUCCUGCCAACGAAAAUAUCGUGGCGCUGGUCAACGACUCUAUUUCUUCCGAUAUAGAACAGCGGGAUCCGAGGAGGAGGCCUUUCAGAAACAGAAACAUGACGAAUAACAAUAAAGACUCCGGCGUUGGAAGAAUCGACAUCUCUGUGCCAUUAUCUCUAGGUGUUGGUGUUACCAUCAUGGUCGCCUUUCUACAACAUUAGCAUUAAUAAUGCUGACGGUAAACAAGACGCGAUGGGAUAAUUACUUGUAUGUACGGCAUCACAAAAACCAUGUAACUCAUAAUCUCUUGAUAUAACCAACCCUUUGCAAAGAUUCAUCCUCAAUGAUAUCAAUAACUCGACUAUUUUCGAAUAUUCUAUAUUGACACUAAUAAUCUUACCCGGGUAUGUGGUUACUGCUUAUUAUAAAAAUCUAUAGGAAA